UCCCAGGCGGCCCGCCGGUGGGGGCUGCGUGAUGUUGGCGGGAACUCCACGGACGUCCGGCGGCCCCGGGACGCGGCGGACGAGCCCCGCGGCGUCGCGGGCAGCGAGAUGCGGGUCGCCGUGACGGGCUGCUGCCAUGGGGAGCUGGACAAGAUCUACGAGACGCUGGCGGUGGCGGAGCGGCGCGGCGCGGGCCCCGUGGACCUGCUGCUGUGCUGCGGCGACUUCCAGGCGGUGCGCAACGAGGCCGACCUGCGCUGCAUGGCCGUGCCGCCGCGCUACCGCCACAUGCAGACCUUCUACCGGUAUUAUUCUGGAGAGAAAAAGGCCCCGGUUCUCACCAUCUUCAUUGGCGGAAACCAUGAAGCUUCAAAUCAUUUGCAAGAGUUGCCCUACGGUGGCUGGGUGGCACCAAACAUUUAUUAUUUAGGUUUGGCAGGUGUGGUGAAAUACCGAGGUGUGAGGAUUGGUGGCAUCUCUGGUAUCUUCAAAUCUCAUGACUAUCGAAAAGGUCAUUUUGAGUGUCCCCCUUACAAUUCGUCCACCAUAAGGAGUAUAUAUCAUGUGAGAAAUAUUGAAGUCUAUAAAUUAAAACAGCUGAAGCAGCCUAUAGAUGUAUUCUUAUCUCAUGAUUGGCCCAGAAGUAUCUAUCACUAUGGAAAUAAGAAGCAACUCCUGAAGACCAAGUCUUUUUUCCGCCAAGAGGUGGAGAAUAACACGCUGGGCAGCCCCGCCGCCUCGGAACUCCUGGACCAUCUGAAGCCCACUUACUGGUUCUCCGCGCACCUGCACGUCAAAUUUGCAGCCUUGAUGCAGCAUCAGGCCACGGAUAAAGGAGAGACAGCCAAAGAAACCAAAUUUUUAGCCUUGGACAAAUGCUUACCACAUAGAGACUUUCUUCAGCUCUUAGAAAUGUUAUAA